CCCAUCCUUCGGCGCCAUAUUGUCUGGCAGGAGAGCUCGGCCGCCAUUCAGGGGUACGGUCCUGACGAGGGACGGUAAAGACGCACUAGCGGUCGGAUUACCUUGGGAGAGUGUCUGGAGAGGGGUCUGGGGUACCUUGCAUGUACUGAGGUGCUAGCUACGUGGCAGUCAUGUGGGAUCAAGGCGGACAGCCUUGGCAGCAGUGGCCAUUAAAUCAGCAACAAUGGAUGGAAUCAUUUCAGCACCAGCAAGAUCCAAGCCAGAUUGAUUGGGCAGCAUUAGCCCAGGCAUGGAUUGCACAACGUGAGGAUACAGGGCAAACGGUGGAACAGCAAGGGAUGAUGCCCAAUGGACAAGAUCUGCCUCCAGUUCCACAAGUAGAACCUGUCCCCAACAAUCAUAAUUUUCAAGGUGAUCCGAAUUUCAAUCGAAUGUGGCAGCCAGAAUGGGGUGGAAUGCACCAUCAGCCGCCACCUCACCAUCCUCCCCCAGAACAACCAUGGAUCCCUCCAGCCCCUGGACCAAUGGAUAUUGUCCCACCAUCUGAAGACAGCAAUAGCCAGGAUGGUGGAGAUUUUACUAAUGACAGGCAUGUGUUUAACCAAAAUAAUCAUGGUUUCAGUGGCCCUCCUGAAAACUUCUCCAUGGGGCAAGUGAAUCAAUACGAUUACCAGCAUGGUUCUGGAGGAUAUGGCCCGCCUCAAGGUGGUUUUCACCCUCCAUAUUGGCAGCAAGGACCGCCUGGACCGCAAGGUCCACCUGCACCACCUCCUAAUAGAAGGGAAAGGUCAUCCUUCAGGGAAAGGCAGCGUUCACCUAUACCUAUACCACCAAAGCAGGAGCCUCUACAGAUCGAUGCUGUUAAACGUCGGACUUUACCAGCAUGGAUUCGCGAAGGUUUAGAGAAGAUGGAAAGAGAAAAGCAGAAGAAGUUGGAACGUGAGAGGAUGGAACAACAGCGCUCACAAAUGAAAAAGGAAAUAAAGGAGCAAGAAACUGAAAAAGUGGGUGAUGCUCCACGUUUGCCACAGAAAAGCAAAUUUGACAGUGAUGAAGAGGAAGAUGAUGAUGAUGCUGAUGAUGAAGAUGGUAAUGACGACGGACAAGAAGAGGAUAAAGCUAGUUCAAAAGUCAGCCGCAGUCCUUCUCCACCUAUGCAGGAAGAAAACAGUGAGCCGGAAAUAACAGAAGAAGAGAAGGCCUAUCAAAUGAUGAUCAUGACAAAAACGCUGCUAACAGAGAUUCUUUUGGAUGUCACAAAUGAAGAAAUUUAUAGUGUGGCCAAAGAGACGCAUCGUAAAGCAACUAAAGCUCCUGCAAGGCAGCUGGCACAGUCCAGUGCACUGGCUUCCCUUACUGGACUUGGUGGACUAGGUGGUUAUGGGUCAGCUGAAAGUGAAGAUGAGCGGAGCGACAGAGGCUCAGAAUCUUCUGAUACCGAUGAAGAGGAACUCCGACACAGGAUACGCCAAAAGUUGGAAGCAUUUAAGCGAAAGGAAAAAGAGCAACAGUUACUUGAGAGACAACUGGAAGAGGAAAAACAGCAAUCGGAGGCAUUUCAUGAGGAAGCAAAAGAACCGGAUACAGAUCUUCCAACCAAUUUAGAAGUACAUGAAAAAAGAAUAGUUGAUGGGGGUUUGGAGAUUGAUAAGAAAAAAGUGAAUAGUGAGGCAUUACCUUUAAUUGAUGUCAGCAAAGAGGUUAGGGAAAGGACGAUUGCUAGUAAGUCUAGGAGCUCAAGUAGUAGCAGCAGUACUAGUAGUAAGGACCUCAGCAGUAGUAGUAGCAGCAGCAGCAGUGCGUACAGCUCUAGUUCUUCAAGCAGUCAUAGCUCCUCUCCCUCUUUACCUAAGAGGAAAAAGAGACGAAGUCCCAGUAUGUCACCUCCACGUAAAAUCAGACGGAGCAGAAGUAGGAGUCCAACACGCAAGAGUAGGAGGGAGAAGAGCAGAAGCAGGGAGAAAAUUAGUGAACGUAGAAGAUCUAGUAAGAAUAGCCUAGAAAGGGACUGGCGUAGAAAUCGUAGCCAUAGCAGAGAGAAGAGAGUAAAUCGCUCCAGAGACAGACAAGAUCGUAGUAGAAGCAGAGACCGGCGUAAAAGUGAUCGGAGGAGCUCUAGCAGGAACACACACAAGCAUAGAGGCAGUAGCCGAGAAAGGGAGAAGGCAAGGAGCAGAAGUGUUGAAGUGGAUAGAAAGAGAAGGGAGUCCGAAAAGGACAGGAAAAAGGAAAAGCUUAAGAGGGAAGAAAAAUCUAGAUAUACACUUCAAGAAGAGGGGAAAAUUAAGAGUAGGAGAGAAAGCGAAAGGUCAUUUUCCCGCAGUGAGUCUUCCACCUCCAAGAUGUCUCGGCAGGAUUCCAGGCAAGAUGGUAAAAAGGGCUCUGCCAAGGAAAGUAAGAAACGAGCCUCUUCUAGUGGAAGAAGCAGUUCAGAAUCCCCGGUUGUUUACAAGGAUAAAAAAUCUAAGAAAUUGAAACGUAGCCGCUCACGCUCUGUGGAGAAAUCUCAAAGGUCUGGUAAGAAGGCAAGCCGCAAACACAAGUCUAAGACCCGAUCAAGAUCUUCGACACCGGUCCGCCGUAAGCGCUGAUGGCUCUCAGUCCACAACAUUCAUUUUUACAAAUUCCAUGAGUUUUUAUGGCUUGUCUCAUUCUAGAGGCAAAUAACGGCUACGUAGGUGUGAAAAUGUAUUCUUUUCCCCUCUCCGGUUCCCUGUUCUUCACUUUUUAAAUAUGUAUAUAUCUUUUUCAUUUUUUUUCUCCUAAAAGUAAAACCAGUAUACAAAAACUACUUUGUAUGGCAUAUUUUCAACGGAUUAGGAGGGGGUCUCGUUUUUAGCUGUAAUGUUCACCGCACAGUUCAAUGUCCUACCAUGUUAAUAAAGCGAUGUGCUUAUUUUUUUUGUUAAAAAAGUUGCCAUUACCGUUUUAUAGGUUAUAUAGACUAAUUUAAAAGUUUAUUCCUAUUGAAGGUGAUUUAUCCCACAAGCUUUGUGGUGUUUUUAUAGAGUUUCCUUAGUCUACUGCUAUGUUGUGAGCUGCUGGCAGUAACAAAAUCUGUCAUCCACUUUAAAGCGCUCAGUAUUGUAAGCCAAAACCAGGAGGGGGUGCAGUCCUUUCUGUGUAGUGUUCACUCCUGGUUUCUGCUUCAAAACACUGAUGUAAAAUGCCGCCAUGUGAAGUCCCCUAAUAGUACAUCCACUCGGCAUGCAUACGCUGCAGAAUUGUGAACAGCGGUUCUGCAGUAUUUUACAGUAGCAAGAGUGGAAGUCUAGGGCUAAGAAAUCUGUCACUCUGCAAAAACCAAAAUCAGCAUUUUUUGACCCGUGGUGCAGAUUUUUAAACCUCAGCAUGUCUGUUUUAUGCUGUUGCGGAUUUCACCUUUUGCAGUGCAUAGGGUGAAAUCCGUACCAAGAACUUCAUGGAUUCUGUGCGGAUUUUUCUGUGGAAAAUCUACCCCGUACUCUAAAGUCCGGUUGCAACACAUGGCUCUGAUGCAUUGCAACUAGUGUUGAGCGAACUUGUGUUUUAAGUUCAGCGUCUAAAGUUCGGGU